UUGCUAUUUUUUUAGUUUUAAAUUCUCCCUCUCUCCCUGCGUGGUGCGUAUGGCGAUCAAGAGCUGUAAUUGUGUGAAAAGUCAGCGACUCUAGCCUUUUUCCCAUUAUUAUUUUUUAUUGUUUCUCUAUCUGGCUAAUAAGACCAUUCUCUCUUUGUUUUCCACAAGAACGAUCACUUCCAUUAACCUUCGCAAACAAAGCAAACUUUUUUGUUCGUUUUUCUGCUUUUCUUCUUCUAAUUGCCAAAACCCAUCUCCCCAGAACGACUGCUUUGUUCCCUUCCUUGAUCAAACACCCAUAUACCAGACGAACCAAAGAGUAUUUGCAUGUCUUUUACGUCUGUGGUGUUCAAAAGAUCAGGACAAAUAUUCCUGGCUUGCGGCCUCCAAAUGACACACUUUCUCUCCACCUUGUUCUUGCUCUUGCGCUGAAAAAAGUUAUGUACUGCAGCUUGUUUAUUAUGCCCAGGAUGGAGAAUUAUCAAGGUGAUUUGACUGACAUAGUCCGAGCUAGCGGGGGAGCAUAUGGCACUGGAGCUUCAGGCGCUUCCGAACCCAGUCCCGGCUGGCGCUUCCCUUCCGAUCCCAUGAAUUUUUUGUCCGUUGUCGAAGAGCCUAGGGAUAUUUUCGGCGAUCCAUUCUCCUACAUGCGAGAUCCGCUUCUUAACGAGCUCGAUGUAUCAGGUUCCAGCUUCUUCAGCAGCACCAGUUCUGCUGAAAUGAUGGGCAGCAGUACAGCUGCUAGUGUGGAGGGCACGGGCGGUUUUAAUGGAGGAAAUACUACUGGUGCUGUUGUUGGUGUUGGCGGUGCUAGUACGAGUACGAUUCUAGCUCCGAGCAAUUAUCUUGAAGAUGAGAUGAAAAGGCCUUGCAAUAUAUUCUCACGGAUGCUUCAGAUCUCUCCUAUUGCAAAAUUGCCUGUCUCCCCAUGUGUUUCGCCGGUGAUGGCCGCGGCGGCUUCUCCCAGGGGAAUUAAGGCGUCUGCUAUGAUUGCAGGCGACAUGAUUACUGCAAACAGCCCCAAAGGUUGCUUUAUCGACAACACCGGGGUGCAGAUCUCGUCCCCGAGGAAUCCGGGUAUUAAGAGAAGGAAGAGCCAGGCAAAGAAGGUGGUUUGCAUUCCAGCGCCAGCUGCUGUAAACAGCAGGCCUACCGGAGAAGUAGUUCCAUCUGAUCUGUGGGCUUGGAGAAAGUACGGUCAGAAACCCAUCAAAGGUUCUCCAUAUCCAAGGGGCUAUUAUAGAUGCAGCAGCUCGAAGGGAUGUUCGGCAAGGAAACAAGUCGAGCGCAGCCGGACUGAUCCCAACAUGUUGGUGAUUACCUACACAUCUGAGCACAAUCAUCCAUGGCCAACUCAGAGGAAUGCCCUUGCAGGCUCGACCCGGUCCCAACCAUCGAAGAGCAAUGCUGCUUCGAAAAACUACCAAGGAGCCCAGUCCCAGAAGCCAACAAGCCCGAAAGAAGAACAGAAGGAGAGCAGCAUUGACGACCACGUAUCUCCGAUUGUCUGCGGCAGCUCGACAACAAGUGCAUCAGUCAAGGAAGAGCUUGACGAGGUGGAGAAGCAAGUGCUGGAGAUGGAUGACGGAGAAUUCAGUACUGCUGAUGAAGGGUUUUCUUACAGGCCGACAAUGCCGGGGUCAAACCUCCAAUCUGAUCAGGAUUUCUUCGCUGAGUUAGAAGAAAUUGAGGCUGACCCUUUAGAUCUCUUGUUUUCUCAAGGGUUUGCGGGAGAUCAUGCGCAGAAAGAUAGUAAGGGCAUGGAUCCAUUCAGUCUCUUUGACUGGCCAGGGGACAGCGGCCACGGCAGCACCAGCUCUUUUGGAGAAGCUAAGAAUGGGUUUAUAACAAGGCAUUUGAAACGAUAUAGAGCAAUUUCCCCACUAAAGACUCAUUUUUUAGUUUAUAUGGUGCACUUCUUCUAUAUUCAAGGUCUGGUAUAAGCAGCCCUUAAAGCUUCUGGUUUGAAUAUUUUUCCUGUUGAGGGUGGGGGUAGCGGGAGAGAUUUCCACCACUUUUCUUCUACCUUUUUCUCUUGUUAUUUACCAGAACGGUUUGGGGAUUAGGAAAAGGAGUAACAGACAGUGCUGGUUCAUUGGGAGCAAAACCAUGAGUCCCACAUUCCUUUUGGAAUAUUGGUGGAUGGGACAGAAAGCUGAGGAACAGAAGGUUUCUACAGUGAAAACAAGUACAUCCAUCAGAGACAUGACUGGAAAGCUCGGUGAGGAGAUUGAUAUAAAGAUGGGACUUUGCCUUUCAUCUUUUGAAGUGGGAAAAAUUAUCAAUUGCAAGAAGCCCACCCUCUGGUUUUGUGGGUGGGUUGUCUUAAAAACAGAAGAAAAUUAAAGCCAUGCUUUAAUUGCUUGGUAGAAAUAAUCGAAAGAUGACAAAAAUAUAUAUAUAUAUACAGGAAACAGAUUACUAGAAAAGCUUGGACUUUUCUUAUCAGUCUUCUCUAGGGAUGUAUAAAAGAGAGAAACUAGAUGCUUUGGGUUCCUCGGCUUUCUGUUUCUUAUAUUAUCCGUGCAACUUGUAUUUGUUUUCUAUUUUUAAUUCCAGUGUUCUAGUUUUUAUAAA